UAUUUUAGCACACAAUAUAUAAUAUCAUCUAAAAUACAUACACUUCAGAUUAAGAACAAAAACGAUUUUUUCUGUUAUUGUGUCUACACAUUUUAUCAAAUGCAAAUAAAAAAUGUAAAGCUUAUCAAAAUGAUUCCAUCAUUUUAUAGCUCAAGAUUAGAAAAUUAAAAAUAGAAGAAAAUAUAACCAAAUAGUAAUACAUAAUAGAUUAAAAGAGAUAUGUUAAGUUAUUCUAACUAAAUAAAUGUAGAAUAUAUUUUAAAUAUUUAUGUCAUGAAUUCUAAGAAAAACUAUAAACAUAGAUCCACAACUGUGUAAAAUUAAAAUAUAUUGUUAUAUAGUCGAAUAAGAGAACAAUAUAAAAUAAUGUAAGAGAAUGAAUUAAACUAGGUAACUUAAAAUUAAACAAAUAAAUCAACAAUUCUACACCAUUAUAAUAAAAUCAGAAUAAAACUUCAAAUAAACAAUCAUAAGGUAAAAUUUAUUUAAUUGUAAUGGGAAUAAAACUGAAUAAAGAAAAACAAUUAAUAAAAUAAUAAUUUAUACUAAUAUAGAACAAAACAUUUUAAAAUAAAAACAAAUAUUAAACAAAUAUCAAAAAUAUUUAUUCUAUAUUUAAAUUAUUUUUAAAUUGUCAUCCCGCCCGUAGGGCGGACCGGCCCUAGUGACUUAUAAUUUAAAGUCUUAACGAAAAAACUCUUAUCUCCAUUCAGAAGGGGCAUUCAGAUGAUAUAACUCCCCUGACUUGGAUAGCAUGUGUCUAGACGGCAAUAAUCCAUGUCAUUCCCAAAAAGUAUCACAUUAUUAGGACCACAAUGUGGAAAUGAAACAUGGCCCCUUAUAAUCAACAUGUUUUAACGCAUAUGACUUAUUGACUUGGAUAGCAUGAGUCUAGACCGCAAUAAUCAGUCAUUCCCAGAAAGCAUCACAGUAUUAGGACCACAAUGUGAAAUGAAAUUUCCAAUUGCUUCGCCCAUUAUAAUCAGUUGUCUGCAAAAUUUUAUAAGCGCAGGCUGUUAACAAAAAAAAACCAUUAAAAAAAAACUUUGAGAAGCAUGAAAUUGUUUAUCUUUCUUACUUUUAUUUCUCUCGUGCCUCUCGCAGCACAUGGGUUUAACGCUGAAACUGAUAGGCAAGCCUUGAUCGAAUUCAAGUCUCGAGUUUCUGAAGACAAAAAACUUGUCUUGUCCUCAUGGAAUCACUCAUUCCCACUCUGUGAUUGGAAGGGCGUAUCAUGUGGCCGCAAGCACAAGAGAGUCACUCAUCUUCACCUGGGAAAAUUGUUAUUAGGGGGAGUGAUAUCACCAUCAAUUGGUAAUCUUUCGUUUCUCAUAUCACUUGAUCUCUAUGGUAACUCUUUUGGUGGUAGUAUUCCUCAAGAGGUGGAAAAGUUGUUUAGACUUGAAUACUUGGAUAUGGGGUUAAAUUUUCUGGGAGGAGAAAUUCCAAUUGGUUUGUACAAUUGCUCUCGAUUAUGGAAGCUUCGUUUAGAUAGAAAUGAUCUUGGAGGAGGUCUUUCUUCAGAAGUAGGGUCGUUAACGAAGCUAGUUCAUUUAAAGGUUUUUUUAAACAAUCUAAGAGGAAAGCUCCCUGCAUCUCUAGGAAACUUGACAUCUCUAGAAGACAUUUCAUUAUCAGAGAACAAUUUAGAAGGAGAAAUUCCGAGUGAUGUAGCUAAACUGACUCAAAUAACGAGUCUUCUUCUCCAAAUAAACAAUUUCUCAGGUGUUUUUCCUCCAGCUAUCUACAAUCUGUCCUCACUUGGGGCUUUAAGUCUCGCGAAUAAUCAUUUCUCAGGUUGCCUGAGAUCUGAUUUUGGAAUUCUGCUUCCAAAUCUUAGAUUGUUAAAUGUCGGAGGGAAUGAUCUCACGGGAUCCAUUCCAGCAACACUUUCCAAUAUCUCGACUCUUCAUGCCUUGGGACUGCAUGAGAACAAUCUGACAGGAAGCAUUCCUGCUACCUUUGGAGAAAUACCAAAUUUGAAACGGUUAACUCUUCAGUCUAAUUCUUUGGGAAGAUACUCUUCUGGAGAUCUUGAAUUUAUCAGUUCUUUGACUAACUGCACCCAACUAAAGGAGUUAAGAAUUGGUGGGAAUAAGCUUGGAGGUGACUUUCCUAUUUCCAUUGUAAAUCUGUCAGCCGAACUCACAACUUUUGACUUUGGAGGAACCCUUGUUUCUGGAAGAAUUCCUCAUGACAUUGGGAAUCUAAUAAGCCUGCAAACACUUUUGUUGGAUCAAUGUAUGUUGAUUGGACCACUCCCUACCUCUCUUGGGAAGCUUUUAAAUUUGAGGGUUUUAAAUCUAUUUUCGAAUAGAUUAUCAGGAGAGAUACCAGGUUUUCUUGGCAACAUCACUAUGUUAGAAACGCUUAUUUUGUCUAACAAUAGCUUUGAAGGAGUUGUUCCACCAAGUAUAGGUAAAUGUAGCAAUUUGCUACAGCUAUAUAUUGACUCUAAUAAGUUAAAUGGAACAAUACCUCGGGAAAUUUUGAAAGUUCGGCCCCUUAUUACCCUAGACAUGUCUUGGAAUUCCUUGAGCGGCUCUCUGCCAGAAGAUAUUGGACAGCUAGAAAAUCUUUAUACACUUUCUGUUGCCUAUAAUAAAUUAUCAGGGAAACUCCCACAAACUAUGGGAAAAUGUCUCACAAUGGUAAUUCUUUCUCUGGAAGGAAAUCAUUUUGAUGGAGGUAUUCCAGAUAUAAAAGGGUUGCUGGGUCUUCAAAAAAUUGAUUUGUCAAACAACAAUCUAUCUGGACGUAUACCUGAAUAUCUUUCAAAUUUUUCCAAGUUGCAGUAUCUUAAUCUAUCUGUCAACAGAUUCGUGGGAAGCGUGCCCACAGAAGGAAUAUUUCAGAAUUCUACUAUGGUUUCUGUAUUUGGAAACAAUGAUCUAUGUGGAGGGAUCACAGAAUUUCAACUAAAGCCAUGCCUCCCACAAGAACCACCAACGGAGUCAAGGAAUUCAUCCCGUUUAAAGAAAGUUGCAAUUGGAAUUAGCGUAUGCAUAUUUUUCCUUUUCCUAUUGUCCAUAGCUACAGUGUCUUUGAUUCGGUUAAGAAAAAGAAAGAAGAACAAUCAGAGCGAUAAUCCAACCUUAGACGUCUUCCAUGAGAACAUAAGUUAUGGUGAUAUUCGAAAUGCAACAGAUUGCUUCUCUUUAAGCAAUAUGGUUGGGUCAGGCAGUUUCGGUACAGUGUUUAAGGCAUUGCUUCCGACGGAGAACAAGGUUGUUGCCGUAAAAGUUCUAAACAUGCAGAGACAUGGAGCAUUGAAGAGUUUUAUUGCAGAAUGUCAAUCUCUCAAGGAUAUAAGACAUCGUAAUCUUGUAAAACUGUUGACAGCUUGUUCAAGUAUUGAUUUCCAAGGAAACGAGUUUAAAGCUCUCAUAUAUGAGUUCAUGCCGAAUGGAAGCUUGGAUAUGUGGCUUCACCCAGAGGAAGUCGAAGAGAUUCGUCGGCCCUCAAGAACCUUGACACUUCUUGAAAGGCUCAACAUUGCCAUAGACUUGGCUUCUGUUUUGGACUAUCUUCAUGUUCAUUGCCAUGAACCUAUAGCUCAUUGCGAUCUCAAGCCAAGCAACAUCCUUCUAGAUGAUGAUUUGACUGCCCAUGUUAGCGACUUUGGCCUAGCUCGUCUUCUCCUCAAAUUUGACCAGGAGUCUUUCCUCAACCAACUAAGCUCAGCUGGCGUUAGAGGGACCAUCGGUUAUUCUGCCCCGGAAUAUGGGAUGGGAGCGCAGCCAUCAAUACAUGGUGAUGUGUAUAGCUUUGGGGUACUCCUUUUGGAAAUGUUCACUGGAAAGCGACCUGUAAAUGAGUUAUUUGGGGGAAACGUUACCUUACUCAGCUACACCAAAUCAGCCUUGCAAGAAAGGAUAUUGGAUAUUGUAGAUAAAUCAAUUCUUCACAAUGGUCUCAGAGUCGGUUUCCCUGCUGCUGAGUGCUUGACUUUGGUUUUGAAUGUUGGACUCAUGUGUGGGGAAGAAUCCCCAAUGAACCGCUUGGCAAUGAGCGAAGCCGCAAAAGAAUUAGUCUCAAUCAGAGAGAGAUUCUUUAAAGAAAGAAGAACAGUCAGACACUGAGGUGUAUAUGACUUUUUCUACAAACUUCGCCACCCAUUUUUAAGGGGCUUAAUUUGAGGCCUUUACGUUAUCAUCUUUCACAAUUUCAGUUUUUAUUCUAUGAAACAUGCGGCAUUUUGUUAAUGAAUGCUUGUGUUAUGUGCAGACAAUAGACGAAUGUUGUGUUACAAACUUCAUAAUAAGUCCUCAAUGUUCUUUUUAAUCCAGUUAUAUUUGGAGUAUUUGGA